AUGGUUCCCAAAUCUAGAACGCAGCUGGCUUUCUUCUUCAUCCUGCUCUGCCCGGUCAACAUCAUCGGACUGUGGUGGGCAGUGGGGAGUCCUUUGGUCAUGGACCCAAACAGCAUCUGCAGGAAGACUAAGCGACUGGCUGGGAAACAGGCCGAACUGUGCCAGACGCAGCCUGAGAUUGUCAAUGAAGUUGCCAAAGGAGCCAGGCUGGGGGUCCGGGAGUGCCAGUAUCAGUUCCGCUUUCGGCGAUGGAACUGCACCAGCCAUAACAAAUACUUUGGCAAGAUCCUGCAGCAAGAUAUCCGUGAGACGGCGUUUGUCUAUGCCAUCACGGCAGCGGGGGUCACUCAUGCGGUCACUCAGGCCUGCAGUAUGGGGGAGCUGCUGCAAUGUGGCUGUGAAUCGACCCGCAGUCGGGCCCCCCCACCCCGGCCCCCCGGAGUCCCCCACACUGAGGGGGUGAAGUGGGAGUGGGGCGGCUGUGGGGACGAUGUCGAGUUCGGCUACGAGAAAUCCAAACAGUUCAUGGACGCCAAGCGCAGGAAGGGCAAGAGCGACAUCCGCACACUCAUCGAUCUCCAUAACAACGAGGCCGGCCGACUGGCGGUGAAGAAUUAUAUGAGAACUGAAUGCAAAUGCCACGGGCUGUCUGGUUCCUGCACUCUGAGGACCUGCUGGAAGAAGAUGCCUCAUUUCCGAGAGGUCGGCGACCGGCUGCUCGAGCGUUUCAACGGCGCCUUCAAGGUGAUGGGGGGAAACGACGGGAAGACUCUCAUCCCUGUGGGCCAGAAUAUUAAACCCCCAGACAAGCAGGACCUGAUCUACUCAGCGGAGUCUCCAGACUUCUGCCUCCCGAACAGGAAGACGGGUUCUCUGGGGACUCGCGGCCGCACCUGUAACAGCACUGCGCUGGACGUGAGUGGCUGCGACCUGCUGUGCUGUGAGCGGGGCCACCGCUUCGAGACCGUGGAGCUGGAGGAAAACUGCCUUUGCCGGUUCCACUGGUGCUGCGUGGUGCAGUGCAAGAAGUGCUCUGUCCGCAAGGAGCUCAGCCUUUGCCUCUAGGGGGCAGCACAUGCUCUAGAACACUGAUCACUCACCUGCAGGGGGAUCUAAUACAUGGACUCUUCUUCAGGGGCAUCUAGAACACAGACUUAACUGCAGAGCAGUAUAGGGGCCGACACAUCUACAGGAUAAUCUAGACCAUAAUCUAUACCGACUUGCCUGUGAUGGGGUCUAGAAUACUGACUCACCUGCAGGAGAAUCUAGAACACCAACUCACCUGAAGAGGAAUCCACAACACUGACUCACCUGUAGGAGAAUCUAGAACACUGACUCGCCUGCAGGGGGAUCUAGAAUACCGACUUGCCUGCAGGGGAAUCUACAACACUGAUUCACCUGCAAGGAGAUCCCCCUGAUUUAACUGCCAGGGUUAUCUAGACCACUGACUCAGAGUGCACAGUGAUGUAUAGCACUGACUCCAGCACAGGGAAAUCUAGAAGCUGAUGUAUCCUGGAGGACAAUCUAGAUCACCUACUCACCUGCAAGGACAUGUUGAACAAACCCAACCUGAAGAGCAGUCUAGAGCUCACCUGCAGGAGAAUGUAAAACAUCAGCUCACCUACACUGGCUACAUUGCAGGGGAAUCCACAACACUUGCUUCCCUGAAGGGUAAUCUAGAAUGAUUACCCCCUACACAGGAAUCUAAAGGAAUGAUUUGUCUUCAUGGGAAAUGAGAACAGAGGAAUCUAGUAUACGCACUCAUCUGCAGGAGUAUAGAGAACAGCAACUGACCUGCAGAGGAUCUAGAACACUGACUCCCAUGCAGGGGAAUGUAGAACAGUGACACACCUGCAUUGACUCCCCUGCAAGGGAAUCUCGAAUGGUGACUCACCUGCAUUGCAAUCUAGAACAUUCACUCACCAGCAAGGGGGAGGGGUCUAGAAACACUUGCUGGAGAUCUAGAGCACAGCAUAUUGAAUUAUUAUUAUUAUCCCCACAUUAUUAAAUGUGGGGAAAGAACAUCUCUCUCCAGAAUAUCUCUUGAGAUCUCCUGAAUAUGGUUGGUUGAUUCUGGUAGCUUUGAGGGGACGACUGAGUUAUUUUAAUCUCCUCGGCCAAGAGGACAAACUGUGCUCCCGUUCUUUACAGCAAGUAAAGUUCCAGAGGAUCGUAGGGGACACACAUUAAGGUCAUUGCUAAGGCUGUGGUUCUGGUGAACUUCAAAAGAGACUUGCCUCUGUGCCUUUUGUGCAAACACUUAUAGUUUAUAAAAAACAAACAGACUUUAAGGGAAAAGGGAUAUUUGUUGUGAUAACCUGAGGAAUGUGCAUAAUCAGGCCAAAGAACAAAGACUCCUAUUUAUAAGCAUUUUAAUAACACAACGACUACUAACGGACUAAAGAAUGUCUCCAGUAUAUUCUUUCAAAAGCACUUUGAAUAUAAAAACUAUGUACAUCAGAUCUUUCUUCUUUAGGGUAGCAUAUGGUUUCAUAAAGAAGUGUGAGCUAUAUGUAAA